CGUAGGUACCUUUCAUUUCACCAAAGCAUUAGAUAUCCAUAAGCAAUUACUCAUCAUCAUCUCUCUCUCUCUCUUAUUAUUAUCUAAGUAACACUGUCGACUGUUUCUAUAAUUAGAAACUUCAAGCUCUGAUCUCACAAAAGCUUACAUACUCAUAAUGAAGCAAGUGGUGUUGAAAUUGGACUUUCAUGAUGAGAGGACCAGGAAGAAGAUUAUGAAGACAGUUUCUGGCCAUUCAGGCGUUGAUUCAAUUUCCAUGGAUUCCAAGGACAUGAAAUUGACAGUAACAGGGGACAUAGAUCCAGUAACUUUGGUAAGCAAGUUGAGGAAGCUUUGUAAUGCUGAUAUCCUCUCAGUAGGACCACCCAAAGCACCAGAGAAGAAGAAAGAAGAACCGAAGAAAGAAGAGCCUAAAAAAGAAGACCCAAAGAAAGAUAAAGAUGAUUUGGCUGAGCUUCUAAAGAUAUACAGGGCUCAUAAUCCUCAAAUGGUUCCAGUUCCACAGUAUUAUGUCAGAAGUGUUGAGGAAGAUCCCAAUGCUUGUGUAAUCUGCUAAGCUUUUUAGAUUCUUUUUAAAAAAAAAAUUAUAAAAAAGAAGAAAAGAAAAAAAAAGAAGAGGUGUUUUCAUUUUUGGUACUUAAAAUUUGUUGUUUUUAGAAGAGUAUUGGUAAGUACAAUGUACAGUACUGAGUGUUGCAAGUUGUUCUUCAAUGAAUAUUAUUUUCAUGA